GGAGUUCUUUGCCACCGUCAAAACAUCCAAUUGAGUUCGUCACCACCCACCAGAGAAGGUCCAAAGAACUAAAAUCUGCAAAGAUCUUCAACCUAGAACCAGCAUUUUUCGAAUUCAAUGGCCCAGAACCGGAGAUCCAAGAGCAUUCUUGAUUCUGUUGGUGAAGAAAUUAUAAGAAUCAUAACACCUGUCUCAAUCUGUAUGUUCAUGGUGGUUCUUAUGGUAUGCGUUCUCAACACAGACUCUUCUGAUUCAGCUUCAUCAUCAGUGCCGACAAUAGCCACCAUAGCUUAUACUGAGACCGGCAGUGACUCGUGGUGGGACAAACUCAAAGGUGCUCUUUUGAACUCGCUUGUGUUUGUGGCUGUUAUCACUCUUGCUACCUUCCUUAUACUGCUUCUAUUUUACUUCAGAUGCACUAGGUUCUUGAAAUUCUACAUGGGUUUCUCUGCUUUUAUUGUUCUGGGAUUUAUGGGUGGGGAAAUUCUGCUAUUUAUGCUCGAAGAUUUUAGGAUACCAAUUGAUUGCAUCACAUUUUUGGUGGUAUUGUUCAAUUUCACCGCUGUGGGUGUUCUGGCAGCAUUCAUGUCCAAAAUGGCAAUAUUUGUGACUCAGAGCUACUUGGUUAUUAUUGGGGUUCUGGUAGCUUAUUGGUUUACUCUCUUACCUGAAUGGACUACUUGGAUGCUACUGGUUGCCUUGGCAUUGUAUGAUCUUGCUGCAGUUUUGUUGCCUGUUGGGCCAUUAAGGCUUUUGGUAGAGCUUGCAAUAUCAAGGGAUGAAGAAAUCCCUGCAUUGGUUUUUGAAGCUCGGCCUGUGGUGGUUGAGGAUUCAGGUCCAGGCGGGCCUGCAACUCAAAGGAGGGUGUGGAGAGAAAGGAGAAAUAUUGGACAUAAUUCGUCUGGGAAUGCCAGUUCUGGGUCUAACUCCACUCCAAAUGUCAACACCAGUUCUUCAUCAGAUUCAAAUUUGGCUCAUGGUUCUGUUUUAUCAGUUAGUAAUGACAAUAAUAACAAUACAAGGUUCAUCAGUACAGAAGACACUGAACUUUCUGCACCAUUGAUUGAUCACAGGAUUACUUUGCAAUUGAAUAGACCGGAAGAUGCCCUGUCUAGUGAGAGUUGGUCACUAGAGCGUAUUGGCUUGGGGUCAGCGGGUGCUAUCAAACUGGGGCUGGGUGACUUUAUCUUUUAUAGUGUAUUAGUUGGCAGGGCGGCUAUGUAUGAUCUUAUGACAGUUUAUGCAUGCUAUCUUGCCAUUAUGGCUGGUUUGGGAAUUACGCUACUGCUGUUGGCACUCUAUGAAAAGGCACUGCCGGCUCUUCCGGUGUCAAUUGCUCUAGGCGUGUUGUUCUAUUUCCUGACUCGCCUUGUGCUUGAAGUUUUUGUUGUACAAUGUUCUUUGAACCUUCUCAUGUUUUAGAAAUAAAAUUUGUUAUUGUGGUUUGGUGCUCA